UGCAAGGGCACGGGUUUGGUGUAUAAUUUAGAGUAGUUGCUGUUCGGGUGUGUUUGGUACUUUCUGAUACUUCGUUUGAUACAAUAUGCAGAGAUAUCUCAUCGUUGCUUUCAUGCAGGGUUUCAUGGAGAGGAAAAUAGAGAUCUCGUCGACGGGGCAGAUAACUCGUGUCGAUGUCAAGUUUGCUUAUUUAACAAAUGAUAAGUGUGGAAGUGUGUUCGUCCCACCAUGUUCAGCUCUCCCGAAAAAUUGUCGUAGUCCUGAUUUAACUCUUUUUUAUAAGGCUGGUGAUAUCGUUCAUUUCACAGCGAUACCGCAGCAAGUUAAGAACGACUGUCAGUGGCUAGCCACAAAGGUAACUCCGUCAGCAAAUAACGACGUGUAUCAAGCGCCAUGUCAUGGAAUCAGCAAUUUCCAACAGAUUGUCACAAUCACAUUAGUAACUGAAACGUAUGCAUAUGCUAGCAAUGAUGAGCUAGGUAUGGUUUUCAUUCCUGGGGCAGCUUUUCAACAAACCGAGGUAGCAAAAUUGGAUAGCUAUUUGACUGUUGGUGACAGCAUCAUAGUUCGCAUUCGUUCACAAGCUCCUAGAUGUGGUUGUAAUUGGAUUGCUGAAUAUGCCAGCAAAAUCACCGCCUUAAAUGCUGCUGCAUCUUCUGUGCUGAAUGAUAGUGGUAAUGAAAGUUCCUGUGAUGAUCAUAUAAAACGAGGUAAAGGAAUAAUUGUAUGGGCAGAUCAUUUAAUGGCCUGCGUGAUGAACGAUUGCAAUGAGAAAGUGAUGUGUCCAAUUCUGACUUGGAUGGGAGGCAAUAACGGCAACUUGUUUGCCGAAAGCUUAACUGAUGUGGUUGAAGUUGGGCAAACGGUCUUUUACGAAGCAGUGUUUAAUAAUAUCGGACUGAGGGCAAAAUGGUGGUCUACGAAAUCUCCAAAAAAGAAUUUUGCUGAUUCUUAUACCCAAACAGCGCUCACCGUGGAGCAGAUGAUUAUUCGGUCUAUAGAACCUGAUAUCCUUCAACAUUUGCAAAAGAAAAUUCCGACUAUAAUUAAGCUUGCUAAAAAUUUAUAGUUAAUUAGGAUUUUUUUAAGUCUGUUCAGUAGCGGAGUACAUGGUUCUCUAUACUUACGGUUAAUUAUCUUUCCACUUAUGUGUAGUUUUUUUUUUUUCGUGGUUCUCGUCAGUCUUGAACCAUAUCCUUAAACAAAAUAGUGUAAUAUAAGUGGAAAUGACAGGAAUAAUUCUGUGAUCCACUGAUCUCAUUCACUGAUGCUUUCUGGAAUAAAACUUUGUGUAUUUUAAGCAAUCUGUAUUUCAGUUAUUUAGGUACUGCAGAGUCGCAUUUCUGUUUCAAGUACACUUCCGAUUGGGUCCUUGGGAAUUUCUUAUUUGAUUAAGAGUUUCCUUCCUAUGUCAUACAUUCAGACUUGAUAUGAUAUUCAAGUAUUUUCGAACUCUUAAUUCCUGGUGUCC